CGUCGAGUAGGCGCAGCAUUUUUGCAGCGAAGUGUAGGGAGAUACGACCAGCACACAGACCAUACGCAUACAAGAAUGAUUUAAUCUUGGCAUCUAAACGAUCUACCGUUUAUCUAGCCAAAAGCAGAAUGGAGUCCGUAUCCCUGUCUAAUCUUCCAUGGAAACACCCAAUUCUCCCUUAAUAAGGCCAGUAACGAGAAUCUCUCUUUACGUGCACGAUUUAUCCAUAGAGAGGAAGAAGAGGAAACGCAAAGUCGAAGCUCAAAACUCCAUUUGCCCUGAAUUUUGCAUUUUUAUUGUAGGUUUUCUUUCCACGUUAAUGGCCAUUUCGUUCACUUUACCCAACUAUCAAAGAAACGUCAAGCUUCAAUUUUCAAAGCAAGCUGCCGGAUCAAGAGUUGCAAUUGUUUGCUUUGCCACAAGCUUCCAUCAAACUACUGCAGUUGGUCAGAAACUCCACUCUAAGUGUAGUUUCUAUCAUGUAACCCAUCAAUCUAUGGUCGAAAAUUCCAAAAGGAUGACCUGGUCUAUUAGAAGUAAUGUGGAUGGCAGUGGAUUUGAUCCUUCUGCAAAUAGCCCCAAUGGCGGAACCCGUUUAAUAAGGGCCAUCCGAACUAUUCAAACCAAGAUAGGUGCAAGAAUUCAGGAGAUAAGGAAAGAUCUUCCCACGAAAUUACUGUUUUUCUUGGUUGGAUUUUACUGUGCAACUGCCUUUGCUACUGUUAUUGGGCAAACAGGAGACUGGGAUAUUUUAUCUGCUGCCUUGGCUGUGGUUGUUGUUGAGGGCAUUGGGGCCCUCAUGUAUAGGGCUUCUCUUCCUUUAGUGAGCAAGGUUUGUUCCACAUAAUCUUUUAGCACUUGGCUCUUCGAAUGCUGUUGACUGUUGUACUUUCUGGCCAAGCAUGGUGGAGUGGUUGGAAAACAUGUGUUGGGAUAUGACUGCCCCUGUCGUGGUAAUGUUGUGAGUUUAAAGCUGCAUACAGAAAGCGAGGAUCAUAUUGCUCAUGGGAUAAGGCAUUAAGGAUCGGCAUGAUGACAUCGAAUUCAUCAACAAAUUAUGGCCUUGGAUAAAUCAGUUGAACUUACGAAAGAAGUCUGCUUCCUUUGCCAGCCUUAUACUCGAUUCUGUUGGCAAUUUUUCAGGAAGUGAAAAUUAUUGCUUUGCACUUGGCGGAAUUCUACCGGCCGUCAGGAUCUAAAAAUCUGCUGCAAUGUGAAGAUAUCGAGGUGGUCUUACAUUCUUGGUUUGAACAUAAUUCAUAUUUCUCACGAGCAUUUGAUUGUCUCUUGCAGAAAUAGCAAGUUAAAGAAAAAAGAUCAAGCUGUGCACUUAGCUUAGUCAGCGGAUUAGCUCUCGCUGGUUAUGUUUGCAGGAUACUGCCUUUUAGUUUCUACACUUGCACGCGGUUACAACUUACAAUUUACAAAAGUUUUAAGCUUUCAAGGCAUUUUACUUGAAAGAAAAAAAAAAGGAAAAGAGUUUUCAGGCAUUUUUGUUCAUUUCAAUCCUUAAAGAAGGGCAGAUCCCGCUUAACGUGGUGGGCCGUUAAAUUAGAAAUUAGAAUAUAUGAAGUCAAGAAUGGAGGCCGCCUCCCGGAGAUUGAGAUGUCUUUUAUGAUUCUUACCUCUUUGCCUUUUAAUAAACAAUAUCCUGGGAAGUGUGUUUUUUUUUUUUAAAAUCAUUCAGUCAUAUAGUUCACUUGUAAUGAUUCUGAGUUUUGGGUUCAAUUUCAUAUAUUUGAUACUGACAAGGAAUUUUACUC